UCCCCCAUAUGAGGGAACUUCCUCUUUUCUCAGUCCAGAGUGAGUCUCACCGUGAGGAGCUUCAUGAGAGCCAGAACACAGACGGACUGAAGAACAGACACUCAUGUCUCCAUCUGAAGCUGCAUCCACACUCUUCUGCUGGGAUUGGGCUCUUCUGGAAACUGGACUUUAGAGAAAUGAUGCUCAUCUUUGGACUGAUGCUGCUGCUGCUGCAAACUGCUGCAUGUCUGGAGUUUAACUGCAGGUUUAAUCAGAAAGAUCCCUGUUACGCAGCUCUGGGACACAAACUCAAUCUGAAGAUGGUGGACACUACUGAAUAUAGACUGAGGAUAAUAAAGAGAAUAAACCACAACAAAACAAGUGAUCCAGUUUGUAAAGUAGUGAAUGACAAGAUAAGGGUGUAUCAAUGUGAUCUUUUUAAUAACAGAGCUGAAGUGACAUUGAUUAACGGGACUCUGAUAAUAAACCGUGUGAUCAGAGCAGAUUCAGGGAAUUACACUUUAAGACUCGAGGACUCAAACGGCACAGAAACAUCUGCAGAUCUUCAAGUGAAUGUUGAAGCUCCUAUUGGCUCAGUGGAAGUGUCAAUCAGCUGCUCCUCCAGUGGGAUGAAGUCAGUGUCCUGCUCCUCUGACGGGGAUCAGCUCAUCUACAGCUGGACUCUGAAUGGAGAAUCACUGAAGGAUGGAAACCCCAUCAUUGAGCUGAAUGAGGAAACUGAUGGAAACAUCAUCUGCAGUGUGAAGAACCACGUCAGUCACGGACAGAAGAACAUUAGAGUAAAACACUGUCCUGGUCUGGAGUUUAACUGCAGGUUUAAUCAGAAAGAUCCCUGUUACGCAGCUCUGGGACACAAACUCAAUAUGCUGAUGGUGGACGCUAGUAAAUAUAACCUGAAGAUAUUAAAGAGAAUAAAAAACAACCAAGAUGAUCCAGUUUGUAGAGUAAAGAAUGACAAGAUAAAGGAAUGUGAUCUUUUUAAUAACAGAGCUGAAGAUAGAGUCAUUAAUGGGACUCUGAUAAUAAACCGUGUGAUCAGAGCAGAUUCAGGGAAUUACACUUUAAGACUCGAGGACUCAGACGGCACAGAAACAUCUGCAGAUCUUCAAGUGAAUGUUGAAGCUCCUAUUGGCUCAGUGAAUGUGUCAAUCAGCUGCUCCUCCAGUGGGAUGAAGUCAGUGUCCUGCUCCUCUGACGGGGAUCAGCUCAUCUACAGCUGGACUCUGAAUGGAGAAUCACUGAAGGAUGGAAACCCCACCAUUGAGCUGAAUGAGGAAACUGAUGGAAACAUCAUCUGCAGUGUGAAGAACCACGUCAGUGACGGACAGAAGAACAUUAGUGUAAAACACUGUCCUGGUCUGGAGUUUAACUGCAGGUUUAAUCAGAAAGAUCCCUGUUACGCAGCUCUGGGACACAAACUCAAUAUGCUGAUGGUGGACGCUAGUAAAUAUAACCUGAAGAUAUUAAAGAGAAUAAAAAACAACCAUGAGGAUCCAUUUUGUAGAGUAAAGAAUGACAAGAUAAGGGAGAAUGAAUGUGAUAUUUUUAAUAACAGAGCUGAAGUGACAUUCAUUAAUGGGACUCUGAUAAUAAACCGUGUGAUCAGAGCAGAUUCAGGGAAUUACACUUUAAGACUCGAUCUCUCAGACGGCUCAUUUACAUACACACAUCUUCAAGUGAAUGUUGAAGCUCCUAUUGGCUCAGUGAAUGUGUCAAUCAGCUGCUCCUCCAAUGGGAUGAAGUCAGUGUCCUGCUCCUCUGACGGGGAUCAGCUCAUCUACAGCUGGACUCUGAAUGGAGAAUCACUGAUGGAUGGAAACACCACCAUUGAGCUGAAUGAGGAAACUGAUGGAAACAUCAUCUGCAGUGUGAAGAACCACGUCAGUGACGGACAGAAGAGCAUUAGAGUAAAACACUGUCCUGGUCUGGAGUUUAACUGCAGGUUUAAUCAGGCAGAUCCCUGUUACGCAGCUCUGGGACACAAACUCAAUCUGAAGAUGGUGGACACUAGUGAAUAUAGACUGAUGAUACAAAAGAGAAUAAACAACAACCAAGAUGAUCCAGUUUGUAGAGUAAAGAAUGACAAGAUAAGGGAAUGCGAUCUUUUUAAUAACAGAGCUGAAGUAACAUUCAUUAAUGGGACUCUGAUAAUAAACCGUGUGAUCAGAGCAGAUUCAGGGAAUUACACUUUAAGACUCGAGAGCUCAGACGGCACAGAAACAUACACAGAUCUUCAAGUGAAUGUUGAAGCUCCUAUUGGCUCAGUGAAUGUGUCAAUCAGCUGCUCCUCCAGUGGGAUGAAGUCAGUGUCCUGCUCCUCUGACGGGGAUCAGCUCAUCUACAGCUGGACUCUGAAUGGAGAAUCACUGAUGGAUGGAAACCCCAUCAUUGAGCUGAAUGAGGAAACUGAUGGAAACAUCAUCUGCAGUGUGAAGAACCACGUCAGUCACGGACAGAAGAUCAUUAGAGUAAAACACUGUCCUGGUCUGGAGUUUAACUGCAGGUUUGAUCAGAAAGAUCCCUGUUACGCAGCUCUGGGACACAAACUCAAUCUGAAGAUGGUGGACACUAGUAUUUAUCACCUGAAGAUACAAAAGAGAAUAAACAACAACCCAGAUGAUCCGCUUUGUAGAGUAAAGAAUGGCAAGAUAAAGGAGAAUCAAUGUGAUCUUUUUAAUAACAGAGCUGAAGUGACAGUCAUUAAUGGGACUCUGAUAAUAAACCGUGUGAUCAGAGCAGAUUCAGGGAAUUACACUUUAAGACUCGAGAGCUCAGACGGCACAGAAACAUCUGCAGAUCUUCAAGUGAAUGUUGAAGCUCCUGUUGGCUCAGUGAAUGUGUCAAUCAGCUGCUCCUCCAAUGGGAUGAAGUCAGUGUCCUGCUCCUCUGACGGGGAUCAGCUCAUCUACAGCUGGACUCUGAAUGGAGAAUCACUGAUGGAUGGAAACUCCAUCAUUGAGCUGAAUGAGACUGUUGGAAACAUCAUCUGCAGUGUGAAGAACCACGUCAGUGACGGACAGAAGAGCAUUAGAGUAAAACACUGUCCUGGUCUGGAGUUUAACUGCAGGUUUAAUCAGAAAGAUCCCUGUUACGCAGCUCUGGGACACAAACUCAAUCUGAAGAUGGUGGACGCUAGUGAAUAUAGACUGAAGAUACAAAAGAGAAUAAACAACAACCAAAAUGAUCCAGUUUGUAGAGUAAAGAAUGACAAGAUAAGGGAAUGUGAUCUUUUUAAUAACAGAGCUGAAGUGACAGUCAUUAAAGGGACUCUGAUAAUAAACCGUGUGAUCAGAGCAGAUUCAGGGAAUUACACUUUAAUACUCGAGGACUCAGACGGCACAGAAACAUUUGCAGAUCUUCAAGUGAAUGUUGAAGCUCCUAUUGGCUCAGUGAAUGUGUCAAUCAGCUGCUCCUCCAGUGGGAUGAAGUCAGUGUCCUGCUCCUCUGACGGGGAUCAGCUCAUCUACAGCUGGACUCUGAAUGGAGAAUCACUGAUGGAUGGAAACCCCACCAUUGAGCUGAAUGAGGAAACUGUUGGAAACAUCAUCUGCAGUGUGAAGAACCACGUCAGUGACAGACAGAAGAACAUUAGUGUAACACAAUGUCCUGGAUCAACUACUGCAGCUGUGACCUCUAGUUUGACCUCUACAGUGACCAGUAGCGCACAGACCAAUAGCACACAGCCACCAAAUCAUGGUACGAGUUUCUCACCAUCUGGUACGAAUCAAACCUCCACCCCCACUCAGAGUCUUGAAGCUUUCCCUUUAUCGAAGAUAAUACAAAUGUCUCUGAUUGCUUUGGGCUGUGUUUCGCUGAUCCUGAUUCUGCUCUUCAUCACCGCAUGUCACUUUUACAAGAGGAAACAGCUCCAGUCGACACCAGCCCCUGCUGGAGAUACGGAGCUCGUGUAUGCUCAGAUCUCUCACGACAAACACAAAAAGAGUGAAAAGAACAAAUCAGAAUCUCUCCCGGCUGCUGAUGUUGAAUACGCUGCGGUCAGGCCGCAGACAAAGCGGAAGGAGAAGAAGGAGGAAGAGGUUCAAUACGGAGAAGUUACGUUCACUCCAAACUGCUCAAACGCUCUCCAGGAUCCUAAGGAGGAGUGUGUGUACUCUCAGGUACAGAGACGGUAGUUUCAAAAGAAAAGUUGUGUAAAUUAAAUUAAAAGUCCUUGUUCAUUUAUGUUCACUUUGGGAGUUUUACGAUUUAUAUAAAACAUAUUCAUAUGGAGUAUCGGAAAAACGUUUUUGUAAAUUCUUUUGUUUGACAUGAUGAUCAUUCAUGUUAAUGGUGGUAUUGUAUGUUGAUAUUAUGUCAUGUUAUGGACUAUCCCAGCUAACAAAACAUAUUCUAAGUAUGUUUUGCCGAUGUUCCUAUUUCUGAAUGUACUCUAAACGUCCAAAAGUUUUUAAUGUUUUAAAAUGUUUUUCUUGGUUAGGCAAACGUUAAGGGAACAUUCCAUUUCAUCAUUAUGCAAACAUUAUUGGAAUGUUGCUUUUGAAUGUUCUCUAAACAUUCUGAAACAAGUAGUAACAUUUAAAAAACGUUAGACGUUUCAGAAAAAAACGAUCCAUGAAUGAGGUGUAAAUAAUGUUUUUGUGCUAAUAUUUUGAAACAUUAUUAAACACCAGAUGACUUUGAACUAUUAAAGUUACUGGACGAAUGUUUGUUCAUAACUUUGCUAGAAUGUUAACCAUUUAUGUUACAUUAUGUUACAUUACUAUUUCUGAGAAUGUCCCCUGUCAGCUGGAAAAGAGUGUGAGUUUUAACCGAUGUGUGUGGUUAAACUGAGAUGUUGAGUAACCAAGCUGAAGGGAAAAAAAGAGGAAACCAAAUGUGUUAUUUUCCAUCAGACUACCACUUCUGUUUUAAGUGCCUCAUGAAUUGUGCUGUGACUGUAUAAUGGCAAAAGGAAACAUUAAAUGAAGAGCAUUAAUUGAAGAGAUAUGAUCUGCGAUAUGAGAGAGUUUUUAGGGGUUUAAAGCAUGUCAAACAUCCGCAUUUGCCCAUCUGGGGUGAGUUGAAGUAUAAUUUGAUAUGAUUUUUUUACCAAAAAUGCACAAUAAAAUAACAAAUAUCCCAAUCCA